UUAGGAUCAUGCAAUUGUCCACUCAUUCCCUAGUUAGCAAUUAGUCACACUCCACUUUACUCCUUAUUCCUUCCCCUCAACUUAUAUUCUUCAUUCUUUCCCUCCCUACAUGUAUAUUAAGCUUCUAUAUGAAAUCUUGUUUAUGUUUCAAGUUUACUCUUUCCUUUCAACCGAAUAUAUUCUUAUCUUUCCAAUUCAACUGCCACCACCCUUUCCCAAUAGCUCUAGAAUCAGAACCAAAUAUGAACCUCAAAAGAUUGUAUAUCAAAAUCCAAAGCAUUGAUUCCAUUUUAUGAGUUGAAGUUUUAAUAGCCUUUGUUUUAAAGUGAUGCUAAUUAUAUAAGACACACAACAACAUCAAUCCCAUGUUUUUUAUUCUACUUACUUGAUUAUGGAAAGAAGGGUUCUUGAUGGUAUCAUUAGUAGGUUGCUUGAUGUUAGAGGAAGACCUGGGAAACAGGUUCAGCUUUCAGAAGGAGAGAUUAAGCAACUUUGCAUGGUUUCUAGAGAUAUCUUCUUGAAGCAGCCUAAUCUGUUGGAACUUGAGGCACCAAUUAAGAUUUGUGGAGAUAUCCAUGGUCAGUAUUCAGACCUAUUAAGCCUAUUUGAGCAUGGUGGAUUCCCUCCUCGUUCAAACUACUUGUUCUUAGGUGACUAUGUAGACCGUGGGAAACAAAGCUUGGAAACAAUAUGUCUUCUUCUAGCCUACAAAAUCAAAUAUCCAGAAAACUUCUUCCUUCUAAGAGGAAACCACGAAUGCGCAUCCAUUAAUCGCGUCUAUGGAUUUUACGAUGAAUGUAAAAGGCGAUUCAAUGUAAGAAUAUGGAAGACAUUUUCAGACUGUUUCAACUGUUUACCUGUCGCGGCUAUCGUUGAUGAUAAGAUUAUAUGUAUGCAUGGUGGUUUGUCACCUGAACUGCAUAGUUUGAAACAGAUAAGUAAUUUGCCAAGGCCGACUGAAGUUCCUGAAAGCGGUCUUUUAUGCGAUCUUUUGUGGUCUGAUCCUAGUAAAGAUGUUCAAGGUUGGGGAGAUAACGAACGCGGUGUUUCGUUUACUUUUGGUGCAAGUAAGGUUGCGGAGUUUCUUAAUAGGCAUGAUCUUGAUUUGAUUUGCAGAGCUCACCAGGUUGUUGAAGAUGGUUAUGAGUUUUUUGCUAAUAGACAACUCGUGACUAUUUUUUCGGCUCCGAAUUACUGUGGAGAGUUCGACAAUGCUGGAGCAAUGAUGAGUGUUGAUGAAACACUCAUGUGUUCUUUUCAGAUAUUAAAACCUGUGGAUCAUAAAAUGCCUAAGUUUGGUUUUAGGAGUGCCACUUCAUUCAAGGCAUUUCUUGGUGCUAAAGUAAGAGCUGAUUGAGGUGUGCUAAACCACUAAAGUUUGGAACAUAGCGAAAAGUUGACUAUAAAAAAGUUAUAUCUUUGUUAAGUACAAUGUGAAGGAAGACUAUAACUGUCAAUUUUGAACAACUCAGGAAAAUUAUCUAUGGUUUAUCUUUCAAGUAUUGUUGAAUGUUUUCAUUCACAACGCUGCCAAAAAAAAAUGGAGGUCUAAGUUUUUUUAUUUUAUUUUAAGUUUUUUGUGUGAGACAGUUUUCUAGUGCUUCUUGUAUUCAUAUCUCUGGUUGUAUAACAAUGGAAGCAUUAUAAUGGCGUAUUAUUAACUAGUGUAAUUGCAUUGUAAUAUUAUCAAAUUGAUGUAAUUUUCUCGUAAAUGCGUAGUUCAAGUAAUGAAAUCGAAAAACAGCUAACAAACAGUUAGAAUCGCAAAACCAGACAGUGCAGAAUAAUGUGUAAAACAGAAACACACGCAGUAGAAUAAACAAGAUUAUGCAGAAACACUGAUUAAUGCCCUAACCACAAACCAGUAAAGCAGCAGUUAUUUUAGUUGAGGUUGGCAGGCUUCCAAAAUACCGCUAUUUUAUGCCAUUCAAACAGAAACAAAAUUUACAACCAAAUUCUGUAAAUAGCAGAGUUAUAGUUCACCUCUUUGAAGGAAACAUACAUGAACAAAGAUGCCUGCUCCCAAGUAUGGAAAAUCAAGUAGAUUUAGGUUUCAAAUUGCUAUCAUUUUCCUGGUCGAAAUCCUUUAAAUUUGUUUUCUGGUCUUAAAGUAUCCAAACAUUUAUCAAAUAUCACACAAACUCACAAAUAAAUAAGGGAAAUGCUAACGAGUGCUCUUGGGACACUUUUUAAUUGAUUAAAGUGGUAAGUUACGGAGAUUGGACUUCAGACGUGCCUAAUACAUCACACUUAUGCCCAAUCUAAUGUUUUUUGUGAAGCUUUUUGUGUGUAUCAGAUUGAAGAAUUAAUAUUUUUAUUUUCGUAUCUGGAGAGUGACUUCCGCCAAAGAGAAAGAAUAUUUUCUCCUCUAUUGAAGACUUCGGUAGAACCAAGUGAAGGUUGUUGAAGAACAAAUUUGGGAGUUUCGAAAAUCCUUCUAUAGAAUAAAGGCUCAGACAAGGGACUUCUGGUUGGGUUGAGUGAAGACUAUUAUGGAACGGAAGCUUGGAGCAGAAUUUUGGGUCUAGCAAGGAAAUUGGCUCAAGAUCAAAUUGUGAAUUUGACAAUUUUUUAUGUUCUACCUCAACAUAAAGGAAAUCCAUAUUUGGACCUGUGUUUGCUUAAUAAUUUAGCUUGAAGUGUUCAGGGUUGUCUUGAUUAUUAGUUCUAACAAAAGCUCUCAUAUAAUUUUCAAAAUAGUGGAAGACCUAACAAAAUUUUAGUGGUUCGACAGUGAAGAUUGAACUAAGCGUAAAGUGAGGACAAUGCGUUGAAUUAGCAUAAAUCUAAUGUACAAUCUCUUAUCCUCUAUCUCUUUUACAUUCUAGUAAAGAUUUACUUGACUUGGAUUUUA